AUGCUACACUUAGCAACACCAGCCGAUGACACAGACCAAACGCACGCCACCACGUGUGGCCGCACAGCAACGGAAAAGAACAUAAAAAUCUACUUCCGGUGUUUUACGCCUACGUCUACGCUUGGCGCCUGUCCAAUUGUUUGUGUGGACGGUGGACAACAAGCGAACCCGUUAGUGUUGAUAGCUGCGGUGGUAGAUUGCGACACACGCGGAAUUAUCGUUUCACCCAGGGUGGCUGCCAUCGGUGCUGGGUUGUUUGGACUAUCCGGUGUAGUAUAUGUGCUCACAGGCGUCGGUGUGGGCGGUGAACAACAAGUGGACCCUUCUCUUUGGAUCAUACAUCUAUCGCUUCUUACCUAUGUGUACGGUAUGGGUAGCCUGGUGUACCAGGCCAAACAUGCGCGAGUGGCCAGUGACUUUAUCAACAGUUUCGUCAACGUCUCCAUUCUAGUGCUUACGGCGAACAACAGCUACUGGUGGCUAACUCACAGAGAUCUAUUAAGGAAUGUACUAAGAAAGGCUAAUGAAAGUGAUAACAGCACUAUCCAAGCCGGACUGUUCGUCGACAAGCACCAGCACUCCUUAUGCAUGAUCAAACGGAUUUUGUUUAUAUUCUACUUUAUCAAUUUAACCAAUGAGUUUACCUCAUAUUUGCCGAAACGUGCUGACUUGAACGAAAAAACCUUCUUAAUGACACCUUGCGUUGGACUCAAGCCACUGACGUCCUCUCCACAACGCGAAGUCUGUAUAGUGCUGAUAUCCCUUCAGGAACUAACGAUUGUUAUCGUUGUACUAAACUUCCAGACAAUGAUGCUCUUGCUCAUAGCGCAUACCUCUGUCAUGUACCAACUGCUCUCUGACGAAAUCAUGACAUUUAAUACUUUACUUACCGAUCCGAGUAACUACGGUUUAGUAAAACAAAGACUAGGUGUAAUUAUAAAGCGACACAUUCUUACUUUAGAUAUUGUAAAAGACAUCAGAGUUUUAUACAGCAUACCGAUGGGUAUCAACUUUGGUUCGAAUGCGGUGUGCAUGUGCUUUUUCUUCUUUUUGGAACCUGAAGAAUAUUUUAAUUUUAUGCCGAUAUCUAUGUAUUGUUUCAUCGUAUUUUUCUUAUACUGUUUCCUUGGGCAGCGGUUAACGAAUGCCGCGGAGAUGUUUUUUCGAGCUGUGUACAGUUGUGGCUGGGAAAUGAUGGAUAUUAAGGAACAAAGAGCCAUUUCUAUAAUGCUUCUGCAGUCGCAGAAAGACGUCGACUUGCUUGCAGCUGAUUUGAUUCCGGUCAACAUGCUCACUUUUGCAAGAACGUCACAGGGCAUAUAGAAGUUUGUUACU